AUGACGUACGAAACGAUGCUGGAUCUUCGUGAGACCUUCUCGGGCGUCAUGGGCGCCUGUUGUUGUGUGUAUACAGGGCUUCCUUUUGAGGUAAUAAAGGUGCGACUACAGACGCAAAGCAGCAGAAACGCGUACAAGGGCGUAACUGACGCCUUCCGUCGCAUUACCACUGAAGAAGGCGUCGUCGCUCUCUGGAAAGGUGCAAUCCCAGCGCUUUCUAGUUCUGUUAUUGAAAACUCGGUACUUUUUAGUGCCAAUGGUUUUGCCAACCGUGCUGUAUUAUCAAUGUAUACCAAGCAGUGCAUAGAGCAUGAGAAAGAGUAUCAGUUUUCGAUAUUACAUGAAGGAUGUAUGGGAGCCUUCGCUGGCUGUUUCUCCGCGACGGCAAUUACAAUACCGGAAAACAUCAAGUGUAAGCUGCAGUUUCAACGUGGUCAUUUAGGUGAAGGAUGUUACUAUGGACCUUGGGACUGUUUGGUAAAGGUGGGCAAGGAAGAAGGUCUCAAGGGACUGUUUCGAGGGUACUCAGCACUCUUACUCCGUGACGUACCUUUCAGCUUCUUCUUCUUUGGAUCGUAUCAAGCAUUUACGUCUACAGUCGCCAAAGUGCUGGGUAAGGAAUCCAAGAAUGACCUGAACCCACUUGCGAUUCUUGCUAGCGGUGGCCUUGCCGGCGCUUCCAGUUGGGGCAUCAUGUUUCCCGCGGACGUGCUCAAGUCACGAAUGCAGACGGCUAGCUCGACGGAACCGCUCUCUCUGCGGGGCGCCUUCCGUGCAGUCUACUCAGAGUUUGGUAUCCACGGAUUCUACCGCGGCUGGUCAGCCGCUGUAUUGCGUGCGUUCCCGGCCAACGGAUCGCUUUUUCUUGGUGUAGAGAUGACACACCGAAUUUUUCGUUGGUUCGACGCGAAGUAUACAGUCUAG